GUGCUGAGGGGCAGCUCGGAGAGGAUGGAGAGUGGGACAGGCUGUGUGCUCAAGGGCAGCUCGGAGAGGAUGGAGAACGGGACAGGCUGUGUGCUGAGGGGCAGCUCGGAGAGGAUGGAGAGUGGGACAGGCUGUGUGCUCAAGGGCAGCUCGGAGAGGAUGGAGAGUGGGACAGGCUGUGUGCUGAGGGGCAGCUCGGAGAGGAUGGAGAACGCUGCCAAGAGGAGGCUGGCUGCCAACGCCCGCGAGAGGCGCCGCAUGCAGGGGCUCAACACGGCCUUCGACCGCCUGAGGAAGGUGGUGCCGCAGUGGGGCCAGGACAAGAAGCUGUCCAAGUACGAGACCCUGCAGAUGGCUCUGAGCUACAUCAUGGCUCUGACCAGGAUCCUUGCCGAGGCUGAGCGGUUCAGCAGCGAGCGGGAGUGGCUCAGCCUGCACUGUGAGCACUUCCACGGCGACAGCUACCACCAGUACCCGGCGCAGAAAGCCACGGCCGACAGCGACCCGUACGCACACAGGCUGUUCAGCUACCACCCCGAGCACUUCCAGAUUGCUAACUAG